AUGGAACUGCUUCAGGAAUACAAAGCAGCCCAAACAAUAGAGGGACCAGCUGACUCACCUGUUCAGGACCAAGAGCUUCACCAAGUUCCUACCAAAUGGAAACCGCCAUGUAGUAACUUCUACAAAGCAAAUUUCGACGGAGCCGUAUUCCAAGACUUACAAAAGGCAGGCAUUGGCGUGGUCAUUAGGGACUCGAACGGUGAGGUAAUCGGUGCACUUUCUGAGAGCUCCUUUCUACCAGCAACAGUAGAAGACGUGGAGGCAAUUGCAUGCAGAAAGGCAGUCUCCUUUGCGAGGGAUCUAGGUCUGGAGAAGGUGGUCUUUGAAGGCGACUCAAAAACAAUUAUCAGAGCCAUCAACUCUGACUUUACGUGUCUUGCUUCCUCUGGCCAUAUUGUUGAUGAUGUCAGAACCUUGGCUUUAUUUUUUAAUUCCUUUUCAUUUAUACAUGCUAAAAGGAGUGGUAAUGCUGUGGCCGACAAAUUGGCAAAGCUAGCCAAGUACACCCACAGUAAGGUAUGGUAUGAUGACAUACCCUAUGAUGUGAAACAACUUGUACUGUUGGACAAAAGUUUCUGUCAAGUUUGA